ACCAAAAUAUAUAAAAUACGGGAGGUCAGUGCCCAGGUCGUUCAGUAUUUUCCCCUAUGCAGCAUCUCAAACAACAGUUAAGGGGACAAUUUAAUUAUUUAUACGAAUAAAAACUGUUAUAAUGCUGUGUGGAGUGUGCGUUUUGGUAUUUGCUGUCGUUUUGAGUAACUUUGGCAUUGAUGCAAGUUUAAGAGGAAGUUCAUGUAUAACUCCUGACGGAAAGCACGCAGUUUGCCGUUUAUGGUACGAAUGCCCAAAAUUACGAUCUAUAUUUCCAACCAAAAAUGAGAAGGAACGUAUCUAUGUAGAAAAGUCCAGUUGCGGUAACGAGAUCAUAGAUGAAUUCCCCGAAGAAUUACUUUGUUGUGAAACUACUGCAGCGAAUUUUCGAAGAAAUCCCAGAAUCCCUGAUAGAAGGACCUGUGGACACGAUUUCUCCAACCGAAUUCUUAGUGGUGAAUCGACUGCAGUCAAUGAAUUUCCAUGGAUGGUCCUUAUGCAAUAUCAAUUAAAAAAUAGUGAUAUAAGGAGGUGGUUGUGUGCCGGAACCCUUAUUAACGAACGUUAUGUUUUGACUGCAGCUCAUUGCUUCACUUCAACAGAUUAUAGAUUAGUCAACGUCCGUUUAGGCGAAUUCAAUAUAAGUAGUCCAAUAGAUUGUCAAGGAAGUUUAUGUAACAAUCCUGAGGAUAUUGGAGUUGAAAAAAUCAUAGUUCAUUAUGAGUACCACAAUGGGAGCGUUGACAAUCGCAAUGACAUUGCUCUUCUCAGAUUAAGCAGACGUGUCAUGUAUUCAAAAUUUAUCCAACCCAUCUGUCUGCCUCGAUUAAAUGAAGCAGCAGAAAUCGGCGAUCGUGUCACUGUAGCAGGUUGGGGACAAACGGAACAUCACAGUAUGUCGAAUGUAAAACUAAAAUUGGAAGUACCUAUAGUAAAUCAUGCUGAUUGUACAAAAAAAUAUUCUCACUUUCUAAACUUGGCGAGUACGCAGAUUUGCGCUGGUGGCGUUAAAGGAAAAGAUUCAUGCAGAGGUGAUAGUGGUGGUCCGUUGAUGAAAGCUGCCAAUGACGAUCCAUCCACUUGGUAUCUAGAAGGGAUAGUUUCGUUCGGGAAUAGUUGCGGUCUACAAGGCUGGCCCGGAGUUUACACAAAAGUUGAAAGUUUUCUAAGCUGGAUACAUGAUAAUGUUGAGGAUUGAAUAUAAAUAAUGUCUAAUUAUAAUAUUUUAAUAAAAUUACUUAUUGGAUUGUAUACCAUGUGUCCAAGGUCGAGCGCUACAUUCGUCCGCCGAUUCAUAGCGGCGAAGCCGCGCCUUUCCACAGUUCGGCUGAUUCUCUCUUUCUACUGUUUGCAGCGCUCGAACAUGGACACUCUGUAUGUAGUACAUACUGUACAUACAUAGGUACAGCUUUACCUAUUAAAUAAAAAGAAACGUAGAACUGCU